AUGUCGACAAGUACAGUACAGGUCGAGACGACCACAAAGGGCGACGACGUGUCCAUGGCCAACAUGGACGCCGCUCAGAACCACCUAGAGGCUGAGGUUGAAGAGGCCCCCACCGAGAAGAGGUCCCGGACACAUGUAGACAGCAAACCACUGCCCACCGACAGCAUGGUGACUGUGCCGCUCUCAGAUACUGGUGACAAGACACCCGAAGACGAGCAGAACCAAAGCCAAAGAGAAUCAGCCACUCGCCCCGCCAUUAUUGUCGAGGAGCGUAGAGCUUCAUCGCGUACAAACUCUGCCGAGAUUCGGAAUGCCUUUGGACGCCGCAGCAGCCAGGGGAGCAUUGAUUCCCCAACCCCCGAGAGCCCAACCAUUUCCGUGCACGACGCAGACGCUCCAGUGUCACCAAAGGCAGACACAAAGAGGAGGAGCAAUAGCGAUGGCUCGGGAAAGAGUGUUGAGGUCGACUGGGCCGAGCUUGAAAAGAAGGAAGAACAAGAACCAGAGGGCGAGGAAGAGGAAAACGAAGCCAUUAUGAGCAACAGCAAAGCAAACACAAAAGUCUCGCGCGCUCGCAGCCAGUCUCGACCGCCCUCGUUUAACCAUCUCAAGCGCCUUGUGGCCCACGACACGUCCCAAAUGCGCUUCUCCCAGCUCCCCUCGCCCCCGCCCAUGACGGAGCUCGAAUUCUGGGCCGCCCUCGUUCGCGACUACCCCCAAACUGUACAACGCCUCCCCACGCUUUGCCUAAACAAGAUUCGCGGGGGCAUUCCGCCACCACUCCGAGGCGUAGUAUGGCAGAGCGCUGCUGGAUCACGGGAAAAGCUCAUCGAGGACCAAUACGACACCCUAUGCGGGGAAUCGAGUCCCUAUGAAAACACAAUUAACAAGGACCUCGGCCGCAGCUUCCCCGGUGUCGAGAUGUUCAAAGACCCUGAUGGCGAAGGACAAAAGAUGCUGGGACGCGUACUCAAGUGUUUUAGUUUGUAUGACCACAAGAUUGGUUACUGUCAGGGCUUGGGAUUUCUCGUCGGCCCGCUACUGAUGCAAAUGGGCGACAAGGAGGCCUUUUGCGUGCUCGUCAGACUCAUGGAAGAUUAUGAUCUACGUUCAUGCUUUCUCCCGGAUCUAUCCGGCCUUCAUCUCCGCAUCUUCCAAUUCCAAAAGCUGCUCCACCAGCACAUGCCGCAGCUGGCACAACAUCUCGAUACACUCGGGGUCGAGUCUGCAUAUCUGUCGCAAUGGUUUCUGUCCUUUUUCGCAGUUACAUGUCCGCUCCCCAUGCUUUUCCGCAUCUACGACGUCUUGUUUGCCGAGGGCGCGUCCGAGACAAUUAUGCGUGUCGCACUUGCCCUCAUGAAGCGCAACGAGCAAAAGCUGCUUUCGCUGAGUGAAUUCGAAGACGUAAUGCAACUGUUGCUCGGACGUCAACUUUGGGAUCCCUACGGCCGGAAGGCGGGGUCAGCUGAUGAAUUGGUCGGUGAUUUUGUCGGUUUCACAAAUGAUGUGACGCGUGAAAGGUUGCAGGGGUUGGAGCAACAGUACAAGGAGGCCCAGGAAAAGGAUUCGUCAAAGCAGCAGGUCCAGAAAUCUGCCACAUCGUUCCUGGGCCGUCUCUGGGGCCCUAGCAACUCUUCGACUAAAUCGGUUUCACUCAGCCCGGGUCUCUCCGCACCUUCACGACCCGUCAGCUUCCUGAGGCGCUCAGCCUCGAAACAGAGCCUGGCUUCAACACUCAACUCGACUGCGGAAUCCGAUAGUUCGGCCGCGACUGCUAGCACUGCCAUGACGGACCUUUCGCGCGCUUCCAAUGGCGACGCCAUGUCGGUCAAAUCUGGACAUGGUUCCGUUGCCAUGGGCCUAUCUGCAAAGGAUCGCGACUUGCACUAUCAGAUUGAGCAGCUACUCAUGUCAGUCAGCCAGCUACAGCGACAAAAUAGCGAACUGGAGGCGGCAUUACAAAAGCAGCGCGAAGACCGCAGCGAAGACCACCGCAUCGUGCGCACAGUAGUCGAGAAAGUCCGCAAGAAGACGCCCACCCUCGCCGCCCCCUCAACCCGCACCUCACGACGCCGAACCACCGUAACUGCCGCAACAGAUGUAUCGCGCGAAGAUAAACCGACCACCCUAACCGAAGAAGCCACAGAAAUCGUCUCAACACUCGAAUCCCGCUUCCCUGCCGCCCAACUCCACCACCGGGCCUCAAGCAUGUUCGAAACCAAGCAACUCCUCCGCGAAAACAUCACGAGGAUAAAAGAACAACUCGCAAACGAAACACUCCGCGCAAACUCUCUCGCCCGCGACCUCAGCGACCGCGACGCCGAACUCCAAAUCGCACGCGACGCCCUAAAAGAUACCCGGCACCGCCUCCAAGACAGCUACAACCAAUCGCAACGUCAAGAAAAAACAAUCCAAGAACUACGGCAAAUGUCGCGCAAACAAUCUGCCGCUGCAUCUUGGUCUGGCGGCGACAGUUACACUCCCGAUACCCCUCCUUCCCUCUCCCGCUCCACUACCUCGGAUUCCGUUAGCGGCGGCCUCCGCGAACUACGCCUCGGCCGCACCCCAUCCCAGAAAUCAGACCGACCCUCUCACUCUCAACAAUCCACCUAUGCUAAACGCUCCUCCUCGCUGCUCACACAGAGCGUGCUGGCGACUGAGAACAACGCUCCUGCGGAUAGCGAGGCGUUGUUGCUGGAGCUGGUGAAUGCCAAGACGGCCGAGGCGGUGGCAAGGCAGGAGUUGGAAGAACUGCGGAGUCGGUUCGAGGGCAUGAAGAGGGUUAUUAGUGGGAGUGGGACUGGUAGUCCGGUCGUGACACCUAGUCCUGUGCCCAAGGAGACGGGGGCUGCGGCCGGUGGUGGGUGGGGCUGGGGCGGAUGGAAGAGGACGGUUAGUAGUAGUAAUGUUGGUGUUGGGGGUGGGGGCUCUUAG